AUGUGUAAGGUAUUUCCCUCAAGCCUCGGGCCCACGGCAUUGAGAUGGUUUAAUGGGCUACGAAAAGGUUCCAUUCAUAGUUUUGCUGAGCUGAUUCAGGAAUUCGAUGCCCGAUUUAUGACGUACAGUCGGAUGCCGCAAUCGGUGUACGCAUUACUAUCUAUGAAGAUGAAGGUCGGCGAAACCCUUCGUAGUUAUGCCAGUCAGUAUUGGGAGCUUUACAAUGAGAUUGGUGGGGGUAAUGAGAAGAUUGCAGCAAGCACUUUUAGGAUGGGGCCGCUCCAGGAUUCCAAACUACGAGAGUCAUUGACGAAAAGGCCUCUCGAGGAUAUGAGGCAACUCAUGAGGCGCAUUAAGGAGUAUAAAUGCCUUGAGGAUGAUCGGCUACAAAGUAAGGGCAAGGCCCCGUUAUUAAAUUGUCCUCGGCAAGGCAUUUUUUCGCCAAGACCCCGAAAGGAUAUGAGAAUGCAGGAGCUGGAAGUACAAAUGGGGGAGGUGAACAUGGCAUUCAAGGAGCCGGUGCACAAGAUCGUAGACCGGAUUAAGAACGAAUCGUACUUCAGAUGGCCAAACAAGAUGGGGGGAGAACCAUCUCGGAGGAACCAGAACUUGUACUGUACCUAUCACAGAGAUAAGGGGCAUAACACCAAGUAG